AUGCAUAGUGCUCUUUCAAUACCUGCAUGUCCAUCUUUAAAGAAUUACAAACAUCUGGAUUCAAGCAGGUUAAACACAUUACGGUGUCAACUUGGUGGUUUAAAACUAAUAUUUUUGGAUGAGAUCUCGAUGGUUGGUAGUACAAUGUUCAAUUUUCAAAUAAAUAAUAGACUGAAAUAUAUUAAAGGAAGUAAAGAUUAUUUUGGUGGUGUAAGCAUGGUUGUUAUCGGUGAUUUAUUUCAGCUGGAACCUGUAAUGGACAGGUAUAUAUUUGAGAAUCUAGACAAUUCAAAAUAUGCUGUUCUUGCUCCUAAUAAAUGGCAGGAUAACUUCAAUAUGUUUGAAUUGGAAGAAAUUAUGCGCCAAAGCGACAGCAAAGCUUUUGCUGAAAUAUUAAGCUGA